AUGUCCAGUGGCCUUGUUCCUUACAACUUUACCUUCACAGACCAAUCCCCCAUUAUUCGAUUUUAUCCGUAUCGAGAUGGACCUGUUGAUACCCAGUGGAACGUAUCGUAUUCCGGGAGUUCGUUCGACGACUGGUCUUUUGACAACAAUUUUGGAGUCGGGACAAGCUCGCACACAACGACAUUCUCCGGUGCUUACCUGAUUUUCGAAUGGACUGGUACAGCUGUGUGGCUGUAUGGAGAAGCCGAGCCGGGAACUUACUCUGUUUCGCUUGACGAAGCUUUGAUGUUCCCCAAUGAAAGCACGUUCAACAACGUGCUCUUCAAUCAGACUGAUCUGCAGUACGGGAAGCACAACCUCGUGUUCACAAUCUGGGAGAAUGAAGCCACAAUCUACGGUGCAACUGUGACGACAGGCAUGGGCGAAAGCGGUACUGUCGUGCAGACGAAGAAUAUCAGUGCGGUUAUUGACUCGUCGGAGCAGAACCCGUUCUUUAUCACCGACGGCGACGAUUGGUCAACUACCGUCUUGUAUUUAAACCAGUCGGCUGCGGAUCACUACGCCUGCAUCACAACGUCUGUGCUCUACGCGGGGCUUACAUUCUACGUCAACGAAAGUAUCGCAUUCGAAAUGUAUGGCAGCGGAGACUGGACUCAAGGACUAUACACGGUCCAAGUAUCACCUGAACUGCCGGAGACGGAUGCGCAAGCAUACCUGCCAGGCCCUAGCAUUCAGUACAGCCCGCGAUCGCACUGGUCUGAUCUGGAUGUACCGAAAUUCUUGGCAACGGGUUUGGAUAGAAACCACACCUAUCGCGUCGACGUUACAAACUUGGGCGCAAAUUUCAAUUUGGGGUCAGUCGUGUUGUAUGACGCAGUUCCUAGGUGA